CUUUUUGUAAACAGAACAACACACUGUUGUGACGAGGACCAGACGAGGACUGAUUUGAGAAAUAAAUUUACAAAAUACUUUCUACAGGCCUCUGCAUACAAUGGAUUGUUUUUAAUUUUUUUUUGUUUAGAAAUUUAGGACUGAACCUUGUGAUAAAAGAAGAAAUUUGCAGCUCAUUCGAAAAAAAUGGCUCAGUGCAGUGGCGAGCUGUUUGACGUGCCCGGUGAACUGAGCAGCAAAGCGCACACCUUCAUUGGUUUGUCCGGGCUUGACACUUUGAACAACGCCACCCACAGAGCCAUAUGGGACGCGUUCACUAACAACCGCAGGCAUGACAAGGUCUCGGUGCACUACAAACUGUUCCCACCAGAGCACGUCUUUCCAACAGCCAAGCCAAAGAGGAACACCUAUGAAUGGUACAUUCCAAAGGGCAUCCUCAAAAGGAAUUGGAUGAACAAGUACCUUAAUGUGGUGCCCUCUGUGGUAGUCAUUUUUUACGACCUCGACUGGUUUGACCCCUUCUGGAAUGAAAAGAAAAUCGAGUGCGCCUCCAGGGUGCAGUCAGUGAGGGCGGCGCUGGAAGGCCGAACAACACGAAUCGCUGUGGUGCUGAUUCAGACAGGUCCACCCAUCCCUGCAGGUGACGAGUCAAUUACUGCCGAGCGGGCGGCCACCCUGUGCACAACUUGCGAGUUGAAUGCUAAGAAUCUGUUCCUGUUGCCACACAACGACCACCUGCACGGCUACACGCUGCGCUUGGAGAACGCCUUUUAUGACCUGGCGCAGUCCUUCUACAACCAGAAGGUGCGCACGGUUCGUGGACACCGUGACCACCUCAACAAGACCACGCACCAGUACCUCUUUGUGCGGCACCAGUUCAAGAUGGGCUUCCUCAAUGAACUCAAACAGGACGCCACCGCUGCCAGCAAGCACUACGCACAGGCGUACAGCCACUUACUGGACGUUCGGGUGGUGGACACGAACACCUUGGAGGUCAAGACGGUUGCAGCCUACAUAAAUUACAAGCUGUGCCGCAUCGCCUUCAACCAGAAUCUUCCGCGGGACGCCAUCGCCCAGUUCAGGAAGCAUAUUGACCUUUUUAAGAAUAUGGUUGGCCCAAUGGAGAUUUCCUUUGAGCACCACGCGUGGCUUUCUAAGCAGUUCUGCGUUUUUGGGGAGUUGUUUGAUGAAGCAAUCCAUCACGGCCUCCCUGCAGUACAGACACAGCAUCCAGGAGUUUAUUUCCACCAGGCGGCGCAGUACUCUAUGGACCGAAAAAAUGCAUGCCUGGAAAACUGCCAAGAUAUCAACAUCUACCCUCAGCCUGACCCUCUUGAUGGCCUUGAAGAUCUAGAAUUCUAUGGACAGCGUCCGUGGCGUCCAGGCAAGCUGAGUGCCGAGCCUGCUGACGCUGUCAAGGAGAAGGAGGCGAUACAGGCACUGCAGUUCAAAGAGAAGUCUGUCAAUCACAGUAUGAUAAUCAUAUCAUUGCUGGGUAGUGCUAUAUCUCAAGCAAAAACCUACCGCUGCCCGAGGACAAGACGACAGUUGGUUGUCCAAAUGGCUGAAGAAUACUACCACGCAAAAGACUUCAAAAAGGCGCUGACUCUGCUAAGUCAUAUGCUUUGGGAGUUCCGAGGUGAGCAAUGGUCACUUCUGAUGACCAACGUAUUGCUCAAGGCCCUGGAGUGCGUUUAUUAUUCACCCAGUGUGACGGAGUUUGUCGCUCUGGCUAUUGAGGCUCAGAGUUCCACGGUUCUGAUGCAACAGGAAGAUAAAGCAGUUCUUUUUGAAAACAUCUUCAGGAUAUUCAGGGGUGAAGCACCUAUUGUGCCGGAAAAUAUUCAAGUGGGUGCCAACUAUGGCAAGGUGUGGAAGGCUGCAUUUGCUGCCAGCAACGAAUCAAAUCCCAUCACUGUGGAGAUGACUAACGCAACAUCUUUUUUGGAAACCAAAACUUCUUUUGGUCACAGCAGUUUUCAGGAAGACAAAAGCACCAGUCUAAAAAUUUGGAUCAGGAACAAGUGCAGCCAGAAGGUGUCCAUAUGCAGGUCAACCGUGACAGUUUCCAGUCCCACAAACAGUACCGAACUGCAACUGGUUCCUGCCACUGGAACGGUUCCCUUCACACUUGAACCGCACACAAUUGGGGAGUUUGGUUGCUCCUUCAGCGCGAAGCAAGAAGACGUCGGGAAGGAGUUCACCAUCAGUUCGGUAAACCUGUGUUUGGGACCGAAGUUGGACGAGAGCAUUUUGCUGCGUUUCUCCGCGCAGAACAAUCCACAGACCUUCACCAAUCCAGCAGAACUUGUUCAAUUUGGAUUCAAUGCAAAGGAGUUGCGCCAGUUCCAAGAUCAAGAACAGUUGCUGUCGUGUAGCGUGUGCCCCAGAGAAGCGCAUUUGAGUGCAAAAAUCGAAAAUGAGGGGCCAGCCUUGCUAGGAGAGUGGUUUCCCGUGCAACUGCACUUGGAAAACAACGAAAGCGGCCCAAUAUCAUCGGUGGUCAUCAAAAUUUCACUUAUGCAACCAAAUGAGAAAGAACUUGACCAAGCCACACAUCUCUGCUUAAAUCCGUUGGCGGAGGUAAUUUCUCCACCACCUAUUAUGAUUGAGCUAGACAAAUUGGAUGUCAACUCGUCCUGCUCAUACACAUUCCACUUGAAGUCCCUGAGGGUAGGCCAGAAGAGCCUCGUCAUUGAUAUCAUGUAUAUUCUGAAUGAGAGCACCAAAUGCGAGAGAAUUGAAAACUUGGACAUUGAAAUUGUCAAACCAUUUGAAGCCGUCGCCAAAUUCUUCACGCAGAAGUUUGACCAGGUGACCAAAGCAUACUCGCAAGAGCCGUUUGUUGUGCUGCUUGAGCUCAAGUGUCUUUCUCCGUGGUCUCUAGCCAUUGAAAACACCAAUUUGGAACUGGUGCAGCCACUGCAGAAUGUGGGCAAAGCUUGCCAGUCGCAGCUGCAGAACGAAGUCCUCAACACUGGCGAGGUGGGCACUGAGGCGUACUGCGUGCUGGCAGAGAAGGAGAGCGAGCAGCCCGUGUCGGUGGGCAUGUACACUAUCCGGUGGCGCCGAAAAAAUACGCCCAAAGAGAUGGUAACAAGCAGCAGCAUCACGCUGCCAGCGCUUCUCAAGGUAGACCCCGCACCGCUAUUAGUCGAGAUGGAUCUACCUGCGCAUGGCUGGGUCGGCUCGCCCAUGGCCGCUUCAGUCAACAUCUGCAACAGAACUAGUCAGCUGCUUGAGGUUGAGCUUAACCUGCAGGCCAGUGAUGCGUUCAUGUUUGCCGGACAGAAACAGCUCAAACUGCGGUUGGUGCCCGAGUCUGUCCACACGUUGUGCUACAACCUGUAUCCGUUGCUGUCGGGUCUGGUUGCUCUCCCUCAGCUCAAGUUGUCACCAGCUGACUCUUCUUCAGAGCUCAGAGCAAAUCAAUUGGCGGAAUUGCUUGAGAGGUCUCUCCCGACUCAUAUAUAUGUUAUGCCACGUGCUAAAGGUAAAUCUGAUAUUUCGACUUGAAGAAACUGCUUGGACAGAAAAAUUUAUUUGAUAUGGAAAUAAUUGUGAUGAUUGCGUAAUUCUAUUAAAUCUAUUACAAACGA